AUGGAUUUCUCAGCCCUUCACCAACUACAAACUCCAGGCAUAAUAAAAGCAAGCAAAAGACAAGGCCGCCGACCAGGAAAAUCAGCCUGUGCUGCCUGCCACGCACGCAAGAAACGAUGCGACAUCAGUCCGCCCUAUUACCAGUGUACGCACUGUCGCAAAGAGGGUCAAAUUUGCAUAUCGAGAGAUCCAAUUGAAAGACGUACUCGCCAUCGGAUACCCACUCGCAACCGCAACCACAACCUCACCGCCAAUAGUGAUAAUGAUAAUGAUAACGAUGCUGUUUCCGACGAUGAUUACAAUGGGAAUAUUUUACCAUUCCCUAAAGGAAUCGACCAUGAAAUUCCACGCUGGAGUGCGGCGUUUUCGAUGUUCUCGGAGGUGCGCCGAUUAUUGGCUCCCCCUUCGCCCGAAAGUGAAGAGGAUUGUGCAGAGGAAGAGAGUGGCGAUUUGCAGGAUUCCGCUGUAGCGGAUGAAAGGGUUGGAGAAGAUGAGAGAGAUUAUAGUGGUAUUGAGAGGAACCAAAACGCUUCACUUGAGCUAGGGUCUGGGGAUAGCUCUCGACGGGAUAUUUCCGAUGAUACUUCUGCAGAUGAGGUAUGUAUUAAGGGUAACAGUAUACCGACAUCUCAGUCUGCGUCGCAAUCUCCGUCGUCGGAGGGGAGAACAGAUUCCGGGUCGGUAUUGGCAGCUUGCAGGACUGGCAUCGUGCAUGAGAAUCUUUCUUCGAUGGGAGAAGUGAGGGUCCGGGGUGGACAUGAUUUAGACGAGCGUGUUUUUAUGGAUGAUCUUGAUGCGUUACUUAGAUUUUGA